CUUCCCCUGUUUCAAUGAUCUCUUGGCGCUUUUCCCCUUCUUCCGUUCAUAUGCUUUAUAUAUCGUCUGAUUCCAUAGUACCACUUCGAGUAAUAUAGUAUCCUCGCAUUGCCAGCUCUUGCUUCUCUCGAGGCAACCUUGUUCUUGGUUGAAUCAAUCUUUUUUAACAUUCUUGUUUUGCGCCGAUGUGUUUCUUGGAACCAGCAGGAGGAAGGCGUAGUGCUAUGAUCGACAGAGCCUAGCUACCUAUUUCUUCGACGAGAAUCCUGAGUUUUGGAGCGUCAUGGAGCCCGGAAAGAGGGAGUCAUGGCGGACGACGAUGCUGCUGGCGUACCAGAGCCUGGGCGUGGUGUACGGCGACCUGAGCAUCUCGCCGCUGUACGUGUACAAGAGCACCUUCGCCGACGACAUCACCCACUCCGACACCAACGAGGAGAUCCUCGGCGUCCUCUCCUUCGUCUUCUGGACGCUCACCCUCAUCCCGCUCCUCAAGUACGUCUCCAUCGUCCUCCGCGCCGACGACAACGGCGAGGGCGGCACCUUCGCGCUCUACUCCCUCAUCUGCAGGCACGCGAACGUCAGCCUGCUCCCCAACCGCCAGGUCGCCGACGAAGAGCUCUCCACCUACAGGCUCGAGCACCCGCCGGAGACCGCCGCCGGCCACAGGUCCCGCCUCAAGGACUGGCUCGAGAUGCACACGAGCCUCAAGACCGCGCUGCUCGUCAUGGUCAUGAUCGGGACAUGCAUGAUCAUCGGCGACGGCGUCCUCACUCCAGCCAUAUCUGUGUUUUCGGCUGUGUCAGGGCUUGAGCUCUCCCUGUCCAAGAGUCAGCAUGAGUACGCCGUCAUUCCGAUAACCUGCGCCAUACUACUGUUCCUGUUCGCUCUCCAGCAUUACGGUACCCAUCGCGUUGGGUUCCUCUUUGCUCCGAUCAUUCUAGCCUGGCUGAUCUGCAUGAGCACGCUGGGCUUGUACAACAUCUUCCGCUGGAACCCUCAGGUUUACCAGGCACUUAAUCCCGUAUUCAUGCUCAAAUUCUUGAAGAAGACCAAGAAGUCUGGUUGGAUGUCCCUGGGAGGGAUUCUUCUUUGCAUGACAGGGUCUGAAGCAAUGUUUGCAGAUCUUGGCCACUUCUCCUACAGCUCAAUCCAGCUUGCUUUUACUUCUUUAGUGUAUCCUGCAUUGAUCUUGGGAUACAUGGGCCAAGCUGCCUUCUUAACCCAGCACCAUGACUUCGAUUCAAGCUACCAGAUUGGAUUCUACGUUUCCGUUCCAGAGAUUGUGAGGUGGCCUGUGCUGGUGCUGGCGAUCCUGGCUUCGGUGGUCGGAAGCCAAGCAAUUAUCAGCGGCACAUUCUCCAUCAUCAACCAGAGCCAGUCGCUCAGCUGCUUCCCGCGAGUGAAGGUCGUGCAUACCUCUGAGAAGAUCCACGGCCAGAUCUACAUCCCCGAGAUCAACUGGAUGCUCAUGAUCCUCUGCAUCGCCGUCACCGUCGGGUUCCGCGACACGAAGCACAUGGGAAACGCGUCGGGGCUGGCGGUGAUCACCGUGAUGCUGGUGACGACGUGCCUGAUGUCGCUGGUGAUGGUGCUGUGCUGGCACCGUCCGCCGGCGCUGGCGCUGGCCUUCCUCGUCUUCUUCGGCUCGAUCGAGGCGUUCUACUUCUCUGCGUCGCUGAUCAAGUUCCUGGACGGGGCGUGGGUGCCGCUCCUGCUGGCGCUCAUCCUUUUGACGGUGAUGUUCGUGUGGCACCACACCACCAUCAAGAAGUACGAGUACGACCUGAACAACAAGGUGACCAUGGAGUGGCUCCUGGCGCUGAGCGACAAGCUCGGCAUGGUGCGCGUGCCCGGGAUCGGGCUGGUGUACACGGACCUCACCACCGGCGUGCCCGCCAACUUCUCCCGCUUCGUCACAAACCUCCCGGCGUUCCACCGCGUGCUCGUCUUCGUGUGCGUCAAGUCCGUGCAGGUGCCGCGGGUGCUCCCCGCCGAGCGGUACCUCGUCGGCCGCGUCGGCCCGCCGGGGCACCGGUCGUACCGGUGCAUCGUGCGGUACGGGUACCGGGACGUGCACCAGGACGUGGACUCCUUCGAGACGGAGCUGGUGGAGAGCCUCGCCACGUUCAUCAGGCUGGACGCGCUGUUCCGGAGCAGCGACGACGCCGGAGACGGAGCAGCGGGGAGCGACGUCGACUAUGACCCGCUCCGGGAGCGCCGGAGCUCGUCGGAGAACGCGCUGACGGUCGUGGGGAGCAACCCGCUCCGGCGCCGCAUCAGCUACGAGUACGACGACUCCCACGACGGCGCGUCGUCCGUGGAGAUACGCGUGGAGAGCCCGGGGACGACGACGGGCGGCGGGACGAUAGAGCUCGUGACGGCGCCGCCGCGGGCGGUGAAGAAGAGGGUGAGGUUCUUGGUGGAGGAGACGAGCCCCGACGUGGAGGACAAGCGGGUGCUGGAGGAGCUGCACGAGCUGUGCGAGGCGAGGGAGUCCGGCACGGCGUUCAUCAUGGGGCACUCUCACGUCAAGGCGAAGCCCGGGUCGUCGCUGAUCAGGAGGCUGGCCAUCGGGUACGGGUACAACUUCCUUCGCCGGAACUGCCGCGGCCCGGACGUGGUGCUGCGCGUGCCGCCGGCGUCGCUGCUCGAGGUCGGCAUGGUCUACGUGCUAUGACACGUGACACUAUUCUUCGUGUGGUGUGGCUCUCUUCGACUUGACAUUGUGGUGUAAAUGAGCCGUGAGUGUCUUUCUUGGAA